AAAAACAAUCGUUCAUUUGGAUUUCAAGCAUUUUGUGUACACUCUAUGUACUAUUCAAUAUGUUCCAAAAAACCAACAAAUUAAUUCUACGAAAUUUGUUUUUGUAUUUGGCUGAAUAACAUCAAAAAGAAAUAGUUUCUGGCAUCGAUGACUACAUUACUACAACUCUUGCCUAUUCUCUGUUGUAUUACAUCAUUUUUGCUACUCGCGCAAAAUGUGCAAAGCCUUAGAAACAACUGCACGAGUGACGAUGAGCCCAUUUAUCAGCAGCCAAGUAAAAAGUUCAAUUACCCUUUAAGUCUAUUAAAUUCAUCGCUGGAUGACAAAAACUAUACAAUGCUUAUUUCUGGCGGAUAUAAGUUCAAAAGACUUAAACUUUACAGGCACAUAGUAUCCAUACGCACCACUCGAGCCACCGCGUACUUCGGAGAUAAUCACAUUUGUGCGGGCUCAAUCAUAUCCAGCAAUUUAAUAUUAACCGCAGCGCAUUGUGUUAUUGAUCGUCGUAAAAUUAUUACGCGCACGCAACGUCUUCUCGUGGUUGCUGGAGCGCCGAAUCGUUUAGUUAGGCACAAAAAAACGCUUGAAAUGAAAGUGCUCCAAGUGGUGCCUCAUAAAAAGUAUGUACCAGAAGGUGCUCACGAUAUAGCAUUAUUGCGUCUCGCUAGCAGCUUUCCCGACGACAAUGACUUGAUCAAAGUAAUACCCCUCAGGGAUGAAAUUAUACCAAACGGAACAGAGUGCCGCAUCAUUGGUUGGGGUCAAUUGUUUUAUCGCGGUCCCUACGCGGCUGCACCAAUAACUGCCGUUAUAACGGUUUUUUCGUAUGAUUAUUGCCAAAAAUUUUAUCCAGAUGUAUUUGAUGAGACGAUGAUAUGUGGCGGCAAGGCAGACACAUGGGAUGUGGACACAUGUCGUGGCGACGCAGGUGGUCCACUAAUUUGUGGCGAUUUUGUGGCCGCUGUUGUAUCUUGGAGUUCAUACUGUGGUGAAAUCCACAAACCAACUGUUUUUACCAGUGUAUAUCAUCAUCUCGCUUGGAUCCAAAUGACAGGCGGUACAAAAAUAGUAAAAGCAAUUAAGUCGCUGGAUUUAUUUUUAUAUAUCCUAUGCAUGCAUAUAUAUUUUUGAGAUGUAUCUAUGUUUGUAUGUAUAUAAAUUUAUAUUUCAGUGCAUGACAGA